AUAAAGAAGCUUUCUGUGUGCACGGAGCCGCCACUCGAGCGCAUUCCUCCACGCAAACGCGUCUCUCGUCCGCCUUAACGCUGGCUUUGACGCGGCAGAGCGCGCACACACCGCGGAGGAAAACUUGUGGACUUUACGCCUGGACAUCCUUGACGCGUGGACGUAAUUAAGUUAGAGGGGACAACGUUUCAGAAAUUGUGCAAAAGUGGAGUGACACUCAAGGAAGGACGCGUCUCUACUUGGGCCGAGUCGGGGAAAGGAGCCUGCAAGAUGAAAGUCUCUCUCUUUCCGCUGAUGCCCCUCUUGCUCGUCUUCGUCAUUCCUGAUGUCAUCUUGUCCAGUGGAUGCCCGAUGGACUGCUCCUGCUCUCCACCUGAAUCCAUCUUGUGUUUUCAGAGACGUUCCACCACAAUGCCUCAGGGAGUGCCACCAUUCACCCAGAGCCUCUAUCUUUUUGCCAACGGCAUCGAGCAGUUGUCCACGGAGGACUUUGAUGGUUUGGAAAACUUAGAAAUGCUCGAUCUCAGUCAAAAUAAACUGACAGAACUUCCGGACAGGGUGUUCGAACCUCUUGCCUCUUUAAAAAACCUGGACUUGUCAUCCAACCAAAUCACGCACAUCUCAGAGGCAUGCUUCGAAGGUAUGGAGCUGCUGGAGCGUCUUUACUUGUAUAGCAACCACAUCAAGACCAUCCAUCCUGCCGCGUUUAGCGGUUUGGAGAAUCUACUAGAGCUCAAAUUGCAAGGCAACCAGUUGACAUCUUUGCCUGUUCUAUCAAUGCCCCACCUGCUACUACUGGAUCUCCGUUUUAAUGUCAUACCUACACUUGGCGCCUCAGACCUCCAAACUCCAAACCUUGAGUCUCUCAAACUAGGUGGUGUGGGACUAACUAACUUAAAUAAGGAUCUUAUUGGUAGUUUGACAAACCUCCAUGAACUGGACAUCUCAAAAAACCAACUAAAAGCUUUCCCUCCAGUGCUGAAAGAAACCCGUGGACUGAUUUACCUCAACCUGGCUGGGAACCCUAUGGGUCCUCUUACAUUUCAGGACUUAAAGAACCUUGAAGAGCUACAGGAGAUGGACAUUAGCAGCUUAAGCCUGCAAGGCCUCCCAGAGGAGUUCCCACAGCUUUUUCCCCACCUUAGGAAGCUAACAGUGGCAGAGAACCCCUUCAAUUGUCUCUGCACCUUAGCCUGGUUCCCAAAUUGGCUACGAGCCCAAAGCGUUACCCUGGAGAGAACAGAGGAGACUCGAUGCCACUUCCCUCCUAUCAAUGCUGGCAAGGUGGUGCAGAGGCUUGAGCAUCGGGAUUUUGGCUGUCCUACCACAACCACUCUCACCACGAGUACUGUUAAAACUACUGUUGCCGUACCUCUACAUGUUACAACCCCAGAGAGUGCCACAACAGAUUUUCCACCCCCCAGGGUUAACGAUUACGACGCAAACAGAGAUUUUAACUACCCCUUACCCCCGGUUCCUGCUUCCCCAAGCAGCAGCAGCAGCAUGGACUCGGAUGAAGAACAGCGCUUCUGCCCUUCUCACACUUGCCUCAAUGGGGGCACUUGUCGCUUGGACCAGUACGGUCAAGUAGAGUGCACAUGUCCACCUGGGACCUAUGGAUUUUUUUGUGAAAUCCAAAACGACAAUGCACCCUCGCCCGCUGAGCCUGACAUGUCCAUGACGACCGUAAGCCCAAAUGCACCUGACAUCAGCUCGCGUCAGGCAACCUCAACGUCAAUCCUGCUUGAUCUCCACCGCUACAUUGAAAUGCGGCCUUACAUUCGUGGAAUCCGGCUGACCUAUCGGAAUCUCUCCGGGCCUGAUCGCAGGCCAAUGCAGCUCAGCCUACCGGCAUCGUAUCCGGAAUACAGACUCAGAGGUCUGAACCCUAAUUCCACUUAUACCGUGUGUGCCAGUCCGCUUGGCGCCCCGAACGGCAUUGACAGUGUAUGCACUCAGGCGCAUACCACUGACGAAAAGAACGACAGCGUCACUGGAGCUCAAAUAGUUAACAAGAAAAUGGCCACCAUGCUGGUGCCUGCAGUAGCCAUCUUGCUUCUGCUGGUGCUGGUUGCAACAGCAGUGGGCGUUGUAUGCUAUGUCCGCAAGAAGAGGGCUAAGGGUCACAUUGACCUAGACUGUGAGCCUUCUCAGGUGGAGUUGGACGGAGUGAAAGCUGGGUUGGACAAUGGGGCACUGCCUCAAAAACAAACCCAGCUUAUGAUCCCAGAACCCGUUGUUCAGAGCAGCAACCUGGAGUAUGAAGUCUUGCUACUGCAGGACCACUGUAUGUCAGGUAAAAACAUGUCAUCGCACAAACCGUCAUACUUUUGACAUUUGGAUUAAGACUAAAUAAACUCUGUAUCCACAACGGACCGAAAAACGUCCAUAUUUGGACUUUGACUCCAUGUAUGUGGCAUUAAGUGAACAAUGCUGGAAUAUCAACCACUUCUACGUUAUAAGCAGCAAGUCUAAGGACAAAUGAUGCUGUGGUAGAUGCUGCAUGUUCAUUGGGACAGUCAAUGGACACUGAGCUGUCCAUUCAGGAGUAUGCACUAAAUUGCAGUAAUGCCCCCAUUUGCCCUAACAGUCGCUGCUCCUCAGUACUAUCCCAAAGGGACUUAGGGGGUAAUGAAGUUGUGCAGAUAAGAUUGCAGACGGGUUUAUCGAUUUACUGUCUGUCGUUCCACAAAGAUUUAGAUCAACUCGGUCUGUUGUGGUCUUCAAAAACUCCCUAACAAGACUGAGGAUGGGCAAACUAAUGUAGCAAACUUCUAUGUUGAAAGCCCACAUGCUGAAUACCCGACUUGUUUGGCACUAAAACAACAAAAUAAUGAUUUUUUUGUAUGUGUUUUUUGUAAAUAUUUUUUUCUACAUUUUGACUGUUAACAGCCAGCUACAACGUCUCCUCUGGUGACUAACAUAAUGGAAAGCAGCUGAUUUUAAAUCUUUGAAGAUUAAUAAGUGGUUAGUACAAGUCAAUCAAAGGGCUUUGCCCCCGCAUUGUCAGACGGUCUACGUCUGCAAAGACUCAAGACUAAAUACCUCUUUUGCAACAUUUGGAAGCCUCCAGUUGGUCACAAAGAGGGAAGUCAAUCGGGAUUACAAGCAGGUAUACAGAAAAGCAACCGACUGAACGCCUUAUGUUUUAGCUGCAGCUUAGUGAUUGCCUCAAUUACAUUAAACACACGAAAAGUUCAGUGACUUUAUUUAUUAUUUAUUUGCCCUCUAAGGGAAAGGCUGUGUACAGUAUAUCUCUCAAUCAAAAUUCAUGUAGAAGCAUUUUUUCCUUUGGCUAAAUAACCUGACUAUCGAGCAAUUUUCAGAUCCAUGCCGGGCUUAAUUAAUGUGAAAUAACUGAACUGUUGCGUAGAGGACGAUAAGACCUACAGUGCACAGUGGGGACGGAACUACCCGAUUGGGCAAGGAUGAUCUUUAUAUAUGCACAGGUAUAUAGCUCUGUCAAAUGACAUGUUCCAACGUGCACAGACAUUGCCUGCUAAAUGUACCCACAUGUCUCAAGUUCAUUACAUCCCAGACUCCUCUAUCAACACAUCUGUGAAUGUCUGUUACCAGCAGUAUUUGUACAGUCCACAGUCCCACGUAAAGAAAGUAUUGACCAUCCAACCAAACAAAGCCAAGCAGACGGAAAAGCAGUACAACUGGAAUAUAUUUCUGUAAAACAGAAUUCAUUGAAAAUAAAAAAUAAAAUGUAUUUUCAAUGUGUUGAUUAAUUUUUUUCCCCAGUUUAUUUGGGGAAGUGCCUUGUUAAUAUUGUCUCUUUUGUAUUGUUAUUGUGUCAACUUAUUUGUACAUGUGAAACAAAAGGGCUAUUAUCAUUAAAUAAACACACAAAAGUAA